AUGACCUCUCUGGGAUGGGGUGGUCCAAAUGCCCUGCUGUCCCUGCUGCUGCUGCUUUUGGGCCAGGCCAGCCCCACUUUUGUUAGCGUGAACCUCGGGGUGACAGUGAUGAAGGGCCGUUCCACCUUCCUGUCUGGGGACAACCUGCAGUUUGCUGUCCCCAAAGAGAAAGACACCUGCAAAGUGGAAGUGGUGAUGAACGAACCAAUUACCCAGAGGGUUGGGAAACUCAUGCCACAGGUAUUUGACUGCCAUUUCCUUCCAAACGAAGUAAAAUAUGUUCACAAUGGCUGCCCAAUUCUUGAUGAAGACACAGUGAAGCUUAGACUUUACAGAUUUACCGAAACAGAUACCUUCACAGAAACCUUUAUCCUGCGGGUCUAUCUCCUGGAACCAGACUGUAACAUCAUUCAAAUGACUAACAAUGUGCUGGAGGUGUCUGAAUUCUAUGACUUGUCCCGUGCCAUUGAUAAGAACUUGCUCAGCUUUGACUAUGAUCGGGCAGCUAACCUGGAGUGUACUGUCAGGCUGGACCCUGUAGAAACCUGGCUACCUGCUCAUGGCCAGAUGGUCCUGGUGGAGCCUGGGCCAGAAGAACCUCGUGGAGAUCAACCACACAGUUUUUUCCCUGAGUCACGACUGGGAACAGAACUGAGGUGUCCAGGUGGAAGCUGUCCCAUAGGACUGAAGAAAGUAGGAAGUCUCAAAGUAAGCUGUGAGGAGUUCCUGCUGAUGGGUCUUCGAUAUCAACAUCUGUAUCCCCCUUCACCCAACAUUGACUAUAUCUCCAUCCGCCUGGAUCUCACAGAUAGCAGGAGUAAAACCAUAUACAAGUCAGAGAGUGCGUGGUUGCCUGUCCACAUCAGAGCUGGUGUUCCGAAUCAGGUUCCAAGGGCUGCUUUCAUGGCCAUGUUUAUUUUGGAAGUGGAUCAGUUCAUCCUGACCUCUCUGACCACAUCAGUUCUGGACUGUGAAGAUGACGAAACCCCCAAACCCUUGCUGGUGUUCAACAUCACUAAGCCCCCGCUCCAAGGCUAUGUAACUCACCUGUUGGAUCACACCAGACCCAUUUCCUCCUUCACCUGGAAAGAUCUAAGUGACCUGCAGAUUGCCUACCAGCCACCAAACAGCAGCCAUUCUGAGAGGAGAAAUUACGAGGUGGAGUUGGAGGUAAAUGACUUCUUCUUUGAAAGGAGUGCACCAAUUACAGUCUACAUCUCCAUCAGAACAGCAGAUACAAAUGCCCCACGAGUAUCCUGGAACACAGGUCUGAGUCUCCUGGAGGGGCAGUCUCGGGCCAUCACUUGGGAACAGUUUCAAAUUGUAGACAAUGAUGACAUUCGUGCUGUCCGUCUAGUCACUGUUGACGGGCUGCUGCAUGGACGUCUUACACUAAGAGGAGGGAAAGGAUUUCUAUUCACUGUUGCUGAUCUACAGGCUGGGGUUGUUCGCUAUCAUCAUGAUGACAGUGAUUCUACCAAAGACUUUGUGGUCUUCAGGAUAUCUGAUAGCCACCACAGUAUCCGCCAUAAGUUUCCCAUCAACAUCUUACCCAAAGAUGAUAGUCCCCCAUUCCUCAUAACCAAUGUUGUGAUUGAACUGGAAGAGGGGCAGACUAUACUGAUCCAGGGUUCCAUGCUGAGAGCUUCAGACAUGGACUCUAGUGAUGACUACAUCUUCUUUAAUAUCACAAAACCCCCACAGGCUGGAGAGAUCAUGAAGAAGCCAGGACCAGAACUGAUAGGCUAUCCUGUUCCUGGCUUCCUUCAGAGGGAUCUGUUUAAUGGAAUCAUUUACUACCGUCAUUUUGGUGGUGAGAUCUUUGAAGAUUCUUUUGAAUUUGUCCUGUGGGAUAGCCAUGAACCUCCAAACCUGUCAGUGCCUCAGGUGGUGACAAUCCAUAUUAUGCCAGUGAAUGACCAACUUCCAAAAGAAGCUCCUGGAGUUUCUCGGCAUUUGGUUGUCAAGGAAACUGAUGUGGCCUACAUAACUAAGAAACAACUACAUUUUAUAGAUAUGGAAUCAUAUGACAGGGAGGUGCUCUACACAAUAACGACUCCUCCAUUUUUUUCUUUUAGCCACAGACAUUUAGAUGCUGGGAAGUUAUUCCUGGUGGACAGCAUACCAAAGCUAACCAAAAAUCCUACUGCCCUGAGGCUGAGGUCAUUCACUCAGCAUGCUGUGAACUAUAUGAAAGUGGCCUACAUGCCACCCAUGCAAGACAUAGGCCCUCAUCUCCGACAUGUCCAGUUCACAUUUUCUGUCAGUAACCAACAUGGUGGCACUUUGCAUGGGAUCUGCUUUAACAUCACCAUUCUCCCAGUGGACAAUCAGAUUCCUGAGGUAUUUACUAACCCUCUGAGAGUGGCUGAGGGAGGUCAAUGUGUCAUGAGCACGGAACACAUUCUGGUUUCUGAUGUGGAUACCAAGCUGGACAAUAUCUAUCUCUUCCUCCAGAGACCACCUCUCCAUGGAAGGGUGGAACUUAAUGGAUUUCCUCUAUACACAGGGAGCACAUUUUCUUGGGGAGACCUCCAUGCCUUAAAAAUUAGGUACCAGCAUGAUGGGUCUGAGAUUUUUCAGGAUGACGUACUCUUGGAGGUCACGGAUGGCACAAAUUCUGUAGAAUUUGUUCUACACAUCCAGGUAUUCCCUGUAAAUGAUGAACCACCAGUCCUAAAGCCUGACCUCAUCCCCAUGAUGCACUGCUCAGAGGGCAAAGAGGUGGUCAUCACCUCUGAGUACAUUUUUGCUACUGAUGUGGACAGUGAUGACUCAAGACUGAUGUUUAUGAUUGCUCGGAAACCUCAGCAUGGAGUGGUGAGAAAAGGUGGCAUUAUAACGGAUCAGUUCUUUCAGGGAGAUAUUAUCUCAGGAGCUGUGACAUAUAAACACACAGGUGGCGAGAUUGGCUUGAUGCCCUGUUUUGACACCAUUACAUUGGUGGUUUCGGAUGGACAAGCUGGCCCUUUCAUGAAUGGCUGUUGCUACAAUGGAUCUCAUCCAUCUGUUCCUCUUCAUGGGUCCUUUCCAAUGUAUGACCUCAACGUCACAGUGCAUCCAGUGGACAAUCAGCCACCUUUGAUUGCAAUUGGUACCAUGUUUGUUGUAGAAGAAGGUUUCUCAGCAGUGGUAACCAUUAACCAUUUGUCUGCCAAUGAUCCUGACACUGCAGCAGAUGACUUGGAAUUUGUUUUGGUUUCUCCUCCCCAAUUUGGUUACAUUGAAAACAAACUCCCUUCUGAGGGUUUUGAGAAAAGCAAUAUGGGCAUCAGUAUAGCUUCAUUCCUGUGGAAAGACAUGAAGGCAUUGCACAUUAACUAUGUGCAGUCUAAGCAUCUGCGGAUAGAACCAACCACUGACCAGUUCACAGUGUACGUCACAGAUGGGAAGCAACGCUCCUUGGAGAUACCAUUUUAUGUUAUAAUCAACCCCACAAAUGAUGAAGCUCCUGAAUUCAUAGUGCAGAAUAUUACUGUAUCUGAGGGUCAGGUGAAAGAGCUAGGUUCGUCCGUCAUCAAUGCUGCUGAUUUGGAUGUUCCUAAGGACCCCUUGCUGUUCACCAUCACUCAUGAACCUCGCCAUGGCCUCCUCAUCACUGUGUUUAGUGAAGACCUCCCUCUGUAUAAGCAGCUAGCAAACCCUGACCAGAAGCAUCAACUUGUUCACAACUUCUCCAUGGAACUGUUCAAGACUGGAAUGAGGUUGCUGUAUGUGCAUGAUGAUUCUGAGACUCUCGCUGAUGACUUCACAAUCCAGUUGUCAGAUGGGAAACAUAAAAUAAUUAAAACCAUUUCAGUAGAGGUCACUCCGGUUAAUGAUCAGAAACCAAUGCUGAGCAAGAAAGCAGAAAUUGUGAUGAAUAUGGGUGAAACUCGUAUUAUUUCUAGUGCUGUUCUUUUAGCCACAGAUGAAGACUCACCCAGGGAAAAGAUUUACUAUUUAUUUGAAAGGCUUCCCCAAAAUGGGGAACUUCAGCUUAAGAUAGGGAGGGACUGGGUCCCGCUCUACCCUGGCAUGAAAUGCACUCAGGAGGAAGUGGAUCGGAAUAUGCUGAGAUACACACACACCAGGGCAGUGGACUCCCAGAACCAAGACAGCUUCUCCUUUUACCUGUGGGAUGGUGACAACCGGUCACCAGCAUUUGACUGCCACAUCACCAUCAAGGGCAUGGGAAAAGGUGAUAUUGUCAUCUUUGCAAAGCCUCUUGUGGUGCCUAAAGGUGACAGAAGUCUCUUAACAACCACCAUUCUCCUUGCUGCGGAUGGAACAGACAAGCCUGAGGAACUGCUCUAUGUCAUUACUUCCCCCCCACAAUAUGGCCAACUUGAAUACGUCCACUAUCCUGGAGUCCCCAUUACGAGCUUCAGCCAAAUGGACAUAGCAGGACAAACAGUCUGCUACAUACAAAACAGCAAAGUAGCUGCUUCCAGUGACACAUUCAGAUUCAUUGUCAGCAAUGGAGUCCAGACCAAGCACGGAGUGUUUGAGGUCACUCUGGAGACUGUGGACAAAGCCUUGCCUGUGGUGACGAGGAACAAAGGGUUGAGACUGGUCAAAGGGGCCACGGGCCUGCUUUCUCCUGACCUCCUUCAGCUGACUGACCCUGACACGCCACAGGAGAAACUCACCUUCCUCCUGGCACAGCUCCCACAACAUGGCCAGCUCUACCUGCAGGGGACAGCACUACUUCAACCCAAUUUCACUCAACAGGACGUGGACAGCAGGAAUGUGGCAUAUAGGCACUCAGGAGGGGACUCCCAGAUUGACCGAUUUACUUUUGUGGCCACAGAUAGGACAAACCAAGGCUUUGUUAUGAAUGGGAGAGUGUGGGAAGAACCUGUUUCAUUCACCAUCCAGGUGGACCAUUGGGACAAAACAGCUCCCCAGAUCACACACUUGCAUCUCCCAUCUCAAGUGGAAUUCCUGAAAAAUGGCUGUUAUGGGAUUUACAUCACCUCCCACGUGCUGAAGGCCUCUGACCCUGACACUGAGGAUGAUCAGAUCAUCUUUAAGAUUUUACGAGGCCCACAACAUGGACAUCUGGAGAACACAACAACAGGUGAAUUUAUCCAUGAAAAAUUUAGCCAAAACGAUUUAAACAGUAAGACCAUUCUUUACGUCAUAAAUCCAUCUUUGGAAGUAAAUUCAGAUGUCAUGGAAUUUCAAAUCAUGGACCCUACAGGGAACUCUGCCUCUCCUCAAAUUUUGGAAUUGAAAUGGUCUCAUAUUGAAUGGUCACAGACUGAAUAUGAGGUCUGUGAGAAUGUGGGAGCAUUGCCCUUGGAAAUCACUAGAAAGGGAUACUCCAUGGACUCAGCCUUUGUGAGCGUGAAGGUUAACGCAGUGUCAGCUACAGUCGGAAGAGAUUUUACUGUGACUCCAUCUAAGCUGAUUCAGUUUGACCCAGGAAUGUCAACUAAGAUGUGGAAUAUAGCAAUUACCUAUGACGGAUUAGAGGAAGAUGAUGAGGUCUUUGAAGUAAUUCUGAACUCCCCUGUGAAUGCAGUUCUUGGCACAAAGACAAGAGCUGCAGUGAAAAUUUUGGACUCAAAAGGAGGACAGUGCCAUCAUUCAUAUUCCUUCAACCAAAACAAGCACAACGCAUGGGAGAAAGGCUUGUGGCGUCUUCAGCUCCCAGGGGCUUCCUUACCCACCACUUCUGGUUCGUUUCAUCUGGAAAGAAGACCCCUUCCAUCCUUCAAGAGGCUAGAAGUCACCAGAGGAGACACCCCACAGGGCUUUGAUUCUACGGAUCUUUCUCGAAUGAGGCUUAGACCCCGUGGGAAUGGCAGAACAGUUCGUCCUUCCUCUGUUUAUAGAAAUGGAACAGAUAUCAUCUAUAAUUAUCAUGGGAUGGUGUCUCUAAAACUGGAGGAUGACAGUUCCUCAAUUCAGAAACCGCAGGCCAAAGUCCCCAUCAUUAGUGGCCCAAUGAAGACAAUCACAGUGGCAGAACUGCCUCAAGCAGAUAAGGUGGAAUCCACAACCGACUCACACUUCUCCAGACAGGACCAGUUGCCCUCAUUUCCAAAGAACUGCACUCUGGAAUUAAAGGGACUUUUCUAUUUUGAAGAAAGCCUUCAAAAGCUGUAUCAGUGCAAUGGGAUUGCCUGGAAAGCUUGGACCCCCCAAACCAAGGAAGUGAAAGACAAGUCCUGCCCAGCUGGGUGGCACCAUCACUCAGGCUACUGUCACUCCUUGAUCAUGGAGCAGAAACACACCUGGAUUGCGGCUGCCCGAUCUUGCCAGGAACAACUCCUGGGCAGCCUUGUAACUGUCCUCACAAAGCAGCAUAUGCAAUGGCUCUGGGACAUCAGUGGCAGAAAGACUUUCUGGAUAGGUUUGAAUGACCAAGCGCAUCCUGGUCACUGGGAGUGGAUCGGGGGUGAGCCUGUCACCUUUACCAACUGGAAAAAAAUGCCCCCUCAACAUUCAAAGCCUGGGAAGAACUGUGUUUUGGUUCAAAGACAAGGGAAAUGGCAAGCAAAGGACUGUAGGCGGGGCAAACCUCACAGUUAUGUAUGCUCCAGGAAACUCUAA